AUGUGGAAGAUCAAUUAUGCAAAGGUUCGUGGUGUAUUCGACGAUCCUGUACAAUUAUUUGAUCAAAUGUGUCAGAAUCUUGAUGAAGAAGCUCAUCGAUCUCGGCUCAGCAGUGCUAGUAUCAAUGAUACAGUAUCGACACCAAAAUGUAUCGCCAUUAAAAUUCAUUGUCUUUUUAGGAAUGAGAUAAAAUCUUACUGUCAACCAAAUAUUUCUUGGUGUCCAUGGCAAACGAGUGGUUGUACUCCAUCAUUACCAAUAAAAGGACAAGGAACAAUUGAAAUCUGGCAACAUGAAUCAAUUCCAUUUGAGUUACGCAUAUCAAAUAAACAGGAUCCGAAUGAUAAUACCACAGAUAGUUAUGCAAUUAUUUUAAAGGUCGAUACUCGUGAAGCACAACUUGGCACAGUCACUGUUCAGGGUGGACAUGUAUUACGUGUACGAGAUAAUACAACAGAACCACAUCAAGUACUACAGAUGGAUGAUGGUCAUUGGCAUUGUUAUUGGCUUACAUUCUACGGCGGACACCGAAUGGUUCAGUAUGGGAUUGGCGAAAUUCGGCCAAAAUUUGCAAUACUUGAGGCACAUCUUGAAGAGCAGGAUAAAGCUUCUAUUGAAAGUAUUUCAUACGUACACAUGAAAAUUAACAAUAAUAUAGAUAAUAAAACUAUGGUAAGUUGUUUCAUUGUACUUCUGCAAAGUACGACAGAAUAUGGUUCGAUAUGA